AUGGGCAGGAAGUUCUUCGUCGGCGGUAACUGGAAAUGCAAUGGAACCACUGAAGAAGUGAAGAAGAUAGUGAAUGUACUCAAUGAAGGUCAAGUUCCAUCUCAAGAUGUCGUUGAGGUUGUGAUUAGCCCACCGUUUGUGUUUCUUCCGGUGGUGAAGGAUUUGUUGCGGCCUGAUUUUCAUGUUGCGGCCCAAAACUGUUGGGUCAAAAAGGGGGGUGCUUUCACCGGUGAGGUUAGUGCGGAGAUGCUUCUCAAUUUGGGUAUUCCUUGGGUUAUCCUUGGGCAUUCUGAGAGGAGACUUAUCUUAAAUGAAUCAAAUGAGUUUGUUGGGGAUAAGGUUAAAUAUGCACUUUCUCAAGGAUUAAAGGUGAUAGCUUGUGUUGGUGAGACUCUUGAACAACGUGAAGCAGGAUCUACUAUGGAUGUUGUUGCUUCACAAACUAAAGCAAUUGCAGAGCGAGUCUCAGACUGGUCAAAUAUUGUUUUGGCCUAUGAACCUGUGUGGGCUAUUGGAAGUGGGAAAGUUGCUACUCCAGCUCAAGCUCAGGAAGUACAUUCGGAACUCAGGAAAUGGCUUCAUGCAAACACCAGUCCUGAGGUUGCUGCAACAACCCGGAUAAUCUAUGGAGGAUCUGUAAACAGUGCAAACUGCAAGGAAUUGGCAGCUCAGCCUGAUGUUGAUGGAUUUUUGGUCGGUGGAGCUUCUCUGAAGCCGGAGUUCAUUGACAUUAUCAAGUCUGCUGAGGUGAAGAAAAAUGCCUGAGUUUGUUUCAUGCCUAGCAUGCUGAGUCGAGGAAGCUUUUUUUUUUCAGGAAGGUAUAUGGAAUCCAUUGGGUACAAAUUUUAGACAUUUUUGAGGAAUAAGUUAUGCUUUUUGUAUUUUGAU